AUGGAUUUGGCGUGCCGGAACGCCACGGAGGAGCCGACCGAAGCCAAUCUCGUGCGGCUGCUGGAUCUGUGGUCGGUGGACUGGAAGCACCGGGGCCGCACUCGGGCGGUGGGGCCGGGGGCCUAUGAGCGAUAUGCCACGCUGGGGCUUUUCGGGCACGGCGGCGUGGUCGGGGUCUCCAAUGCCACGGGCCUGCGGGAUGCCUGUGCCGCUGUGAAUUGUUUUCUCAAGAGCCGCUUUCCGAACGGCACCUGGACCUCCAUCGCCGUGCUCUUCAAUCCGCGCAUGGGGCUGCACCGCGACAUUCAGAACAUGCCAGGACACUCGAAUCACGCGCUUGCUCUGGGAGACUACACAGGAGGACGGGUGUGGAUCGAAGAUGACGAGGGGGACUCGACGGCAUGGCUGGCCGACAAGAAAGGGGAGCGAGAGCUGCGCGGACGGUGGCUGGACAUGCACGACAAGCCGGUAAGCUUCGAUGCUCGCCGCUAUCACAUGGUGGAGCCGCACGAGGGCAGCAUGUGGGCACUCGCAGCCUAUGUUCCGCAAGCCUAUGCUCGGGCAACGGAGCAACACUGCCGGGCAUCGAGGCGAACAGAUGCUCUCCACACCUGGGAAAACGGCUUUAUCUUUUUCUCAAAGGGAGUGGACCAGAAUCCUGUUGAGAAAGAAGAUUGUGAGAAGAUUGGAAAGUGGAAGGCUGCGAAGCUGAUCUUCAAUGGGCGUGGAAAGCGUCUGGAUGGACUGCAGGUGGUGGAAGCUCUGGGCUUCAGUGUGGUGGCGCCUGAUCAGUUCGUUCCGCUUGGAGCGGACGCGGAGGCUUUGUGGCAGGCUCAGGCGACGACAUGUUGGACUGCAGGUGACAGUCGGUUUAGCGACGGUGCAACGAGGCCAGCAUCAAGUCGAGCCGAUGAUCAUAGCCCAGAGUUUGCCAAGGAAGGUCCCAGCGUCCGAGUUUCAUUAAAGAAGCAGAAGCGACAGUCUAUGAAGCCACGCCACGACUUUCGAGCGCGUCAGCUGCCAGAAGCUCCCAGGCUGGAAGGCGAUGUGUCGCUGCUUCAGACAGCCCUUUCCCAGCCUCCACAGCCGCCUCAGCCGGCCCAGCCGCUUCAGCGAGGCAGCCCGAGUCCGGAUGAAGGCCAGAAGUCACAAGGACCUGAAGCCGAUCCGAAGGAAGAAGCUGGUAACAAGUACCGCACGAGGUUCUCGACGAGGAGGCGGUCCUCGAUGUCUGGAGGCAAAUCUCUCGCGGCACGAACUACGCCGGUCGGAGGCUGGUACAGCCCCAUACCGGUUGUUACGCGACGUGUGAGCGUGCUGUACGAAGCAGUGAAGAAGGCAGACGCAGAGAACGCAGUCAAGGGCCUGUCCGGUGAUGCAAACUCUGCACGGAAGGACCCGCAUGCCGGCCAUGUGCAUGGCCAUGCACAUGGCCAUGCGCAUGGCCACGCGCACGGCCACGCUGGACAGCAGCGUCAUCCGGGGUCGCAGGGCAGCAAGGGUCCGGCCAACGAAUUGCAGACACUGGGCCUUACGAUGCACGUCAAAGAGGUUCCCCAGUAUGAAGACGAGAAGCCUCCAGAUCGGGUUUCGGGACUUGCGAAGCAGUUGAGGAUCCCGCUUGACAUCCUGAAACAAGCUUACGAGGUCUUCGAAGACAUCUGCAUGACGCCCGAUCAUCCGAUGUCACACAAAGGCAAGAGGACCAACAAACGAGGAGAGGUGAUCGAGGAGGAGUUCGAUGUCUUUCAGGAUGGAGAGCUCAACAUUGAUGGCUUCGCCAGAGUGCUUUGCAAGUUGAUAGGCUGUAACAGCACAGCCGAGCUUCCAGACGGGUUGGUGCAGAGGAAUUUCCGAGAUGCCGACGGCAACAGCACGAAAUCAGUCAGCUUUCUGGAGUUCGCCUUCUGGUAUUCCAGGCAUGGGUUCAUGGAGAACAUGCUCCUGACCACGGCACAGCUUGAAGUUCGCGAUCUGGCCAGAAAGUACAAUUUGCCGGUAAUCGAGGUUGAGCAGUACAAGAAGAAGUUCGAUUUCUUCGACGAGGACAGGAGCGGCUACAUCGAGUACUCGGAGUUCGAGAACCUGUUGAAUCAGCUCGUCAAGGUGCCUGCGAAUUGCGAGUUCCCUCCCGGUCGGGUCAAGCAGCAGACGCCUGAGUUGAGAGGACAGUCCUACUUCCAGAAUGACUAUUGUACUGACUAG